AUGAACUCCGAGAAGCCUAAUUUUCUGGCACAGCCAGCUGUGAAAAAUAUAUUUAUGUUUCGCAAUGGAGAUCCGUAUUAUGAAGGCCGACGUCUGGUGAUAAACGAGAAGAGGGUGAACACUUUCGAAACAUUUUUAAAGGAAGUAACCGGCGGCAUACAAGCUCCAUUUGGGGCUGUGAGGACCAUCUACACGCCAAAAGCGGGACAUCGAGUGUCUUCAUUGGAGCACCUGCAGACUGGGGAGCAGUAUGUGGCGGCUGGAAAGGAGAAAUUUAAGAAACUAGAUUAUUUGCAUAUUGGAACAAAGAAGAAAAGAAUGCUGCAGAGUAAUGGCCAGGUGAAACCAAUACCACAGAGUCGGAUUAUUGUGUCUGCAAGAUUCCUGAAGCCCAUCAAAGAGCCCUGCACAGUUUUCAUCCUUGCCAAUGGGGAUGUGCUGAACCCAGCUAUAAGGUUUCUGAUACCACAGCGGAUUCUGCUUCAAUAUGAACGUGUGCUGGAAAUGGUUACAGAGAAAAUGGGGAUGAGGAUUCUGGGUGGGGCACGCCGCCUGUACACUUUGGAUGGUACAAUCAUCAGUGAAGGGAAAGACCUGGAAAAUGGACAAUUCUAUGUUGCUGUUGGGACUGAAAAGUUUAAAAAACUCCCCUACAAUGAGCUGAUUUUCAACAAACCAGUUGGAUUACGAAGAUUUGUGGGAUCUAAAGCUGCAUCACUACCUCCAAUUUAUGGGUCCAGAAAGCAAAAUGGAAAUGGCACUGUGAAUCAGAGGGAUCAGAGCAAGUCCCUGGUGAGCAGCAGUGACUCAAAGCAAGCAGGAGACCCCAAGAUCACUCCUCCCACCCAGCAGAACAUGGCCUCUAUCGUCAGCGAGAUCUCCCAGGCCAGGCUCCUGAAACUGAGGCAGAAGAAGAGCGGUAUGACCAUGAGCCUGGGAGGGCAGAGUAAUGACGAAGGAGAACAGGCGGCCGCAGACAAUCCUGGAGAGAGCAACGGCAAUCGUGAGGCACAACCCCCUGAGGGUUUGAAAGAUGACGCAUCUGCUGAAGAGAAGCUGGUUUCAGAAGAGGCUAAAGGCCCUGCUGCUAAAGGAAGUGCAGAUGGUGUGACUGAUGCUACAGUGAAAGGAAAGGAAGAUGAAGAUAAGGUGAAGAGUGAGAAGGAAAGAGAUAGUCCUUCCCCAGUGCCGGACAGAACCGAGGAGGAAAAUGAAGAAAAAAGCGCUGCCCCUGAUGAAAAUGAGGAUGAAGGGAAAUUGAAUGAUGAAAAGGAAGAGGCAAAGCUGAAGAACAGGGCCCAAUUAGGGGAUGGGGAAGUACGAGGCGAUGGCACAGAAAAAAACUCAACAACAGAGGACAUCUCUAUGGAUCAAGGUGAAGAAGGACAGGAGAAACCAGAGGACGAGAAAGCUGGGAGUUCUGAAACCAAGAAAGAAAAUGCAGAGGAGGAGGACAAGUCAUCCUACCAAAUGCAGGGAGAAACGGAGAAGGAAGAGAGCAGAGGACAAGGGUCAGAAAAGGUAGCCCUCCUGGGUGAGGUUGGCCAGGGUGAAGCUGGACAACAAAAGGCUCACAGAUGCCAGGGUACCCCCUGCGCAGAACAGGAUGCCACCGACCAGCUUGCAGAUUUUCGAGAGCCCGGUUGA